CUCUAUGUUGCGAAGACUGGUCUAGGAUACCUGCUUCUUUCACGCGUAAUAUCUUGUCGCACUCAACUGUCAUCAUGAAAGCAAUAAGUCCAGUACGGUCUAUGAGAAACAACAUCUCCAACUCGUCGGAACAUACCCUCGGCAUCUCCCGGAGCAAAAGCCCGAUGGAUGAUCCUCUGAGUCUGCUGUACAAUAUGAACGACUGCUACACCAAGCUGAAAGAACUCGUGCCCAGCCUCCCGCAGAACAAGAACGUUAGUAAAAUUGAGAUAUUGCAGCAUGUUAUAGACUAUAUCUUAGACCUUCAGAUUGCACUGGACUCUAGCUCAAUCAUCUCCAGCUGCCAACAUCAGCAGCAGCGACCGGGACAGGCAGCAUCAGCCAGGAACCCCCUAGCAACCAUCAACUCCGACAUCAGCCUCCUCACCUUUCAGGUAAGAUUACGAAUAGAAUAGAAUAACUUCAUUUUUUUUCCCACGAAGGAACUACUGUUUUGGAGUGGUUCAGAAAAAGAAAUAGCCUAACAUAAACAUAGUAGGCUACACAGAAACUAGCUUGUUCAAUUGGAGUUCCUAUAUUUUAAUGUAGCCUAACUCCUAUGACAUGUACAGUAUUCAUGUAGCCUAUGUAAUAUAUGUUAUAUAUGCUUACUUUGGUUAAAGGCUUACAGGCUUAUAUUCAAAUGUUUAUUACAUUCUUUCCAAAGCAGCCUUAUAUUCUGCUUCGCAUAAAUCUGUAAAAAUGUAAAAAAAUAUAUUUCGCAAUUGAUUGUGCCACUGUUGGUUAUUGUACAAGUUACAGCUUGGUGGUGAAUGAAUAGCAGCCUAAUAGAGACCAGACCAUUGCCACUGUACUAACUCAGAAAUGCCAGUAGCCUCGAUCUGUAAAUAGUGAUAUUGAACAGUGGUUGUCUUGUGUGUUUUUACAGUCAAGUGACCAGCUCCCCAAAGAGACUGAUGACAGCUAAACUCUCCUUCACUGACUGGGUAAGUGUUUCCUUUAAUACUGGCAUUAUUGCAUCCAUCAUUUCCAUUUGGAAAAGUCAUUUUGUUGAGAGGUAAAAAAGAAGGUGCGCUCAAAUGGGUCAAAACUAUAAGGACAUAGAGACUUGGUAUCAGUUACGCUUUGAAAAGGGUAGUCCAUGGACUGUUAUAUUGUUGACUUGACUGACAUAAUAUGACACCACUGAAUAACCUACCUGUAUCAUGAUAUCAUAGGCUCUGGCUACAUAAUAGACUGGAUGGCUACUCCAGUCAGUGGUUGUGUAGGUUCUGAAUACUACUGGUCUGUAGAUAAUUGUCUUUAAGGAAAAGCAGGCGCCAGCUAGCAUCAUUAUAGCAAGUGUAGAUCUAUUCCCACGUUGUACUUAGAGGUUGUCAGGAUGUUACUUAUUACUCCGACACAGGACGCCUCCAUCUGGUGCUCAUGGAUUGCCCAGUAUUUCAGUGUGUGUGUCCCAAAUGGCACCCUAUUUCCUUAAGUAGUGCCCUAUGGGCCCUGUUUAAAAGUAGUGUGCUACAUAGGGAAAAGGGUGCCAUUUGGGACACACAUCCACCAGUAUUUCAGUGUUUGGUUAAAGUAGAAAAAGAACUGUGGCUUCCUCUCAGGCGCCAGUCUGACUGUCCAGUUCCCUGUCUGUCCUUUAGCCUGGCUUCUCUCUAAAUAUGACCCUCUUUUCUCUUCCCAGUCUAUUACAGGUGUUUAAACAGGACCCCAUGUUCACCUCCACUGACUGGCUGGAUUUCCUCUUGACUUAA